CACAUGUUGGACAACAAUUGACACUCGUAAACUAAACCAAUCUCACAACAUCAAAGAACAAUCUGAUACUCAAGACUAGUGACUCCUAUAUCCGCGCAUAUCACAGCAUGCUUCGCUCAAGGUCAAACUCAGAGUACUCCCUGCAAGACCUGUCUAAUCGUCCACCAUCCCGUCGCCCUUCUCAGACGUCGGAUGGAAACAACUCAGAUACAAGGCCCCGAAACAGCAACACCUCCGCGCGUGGAGAUGUCUCCGCUGCGCCGCAGAAGGAGGAGGAGAAGAAGAAGAGGUCAAGACUGGGGAGGUUCUGGCAGGAGUAUGUGAGCUGUGAGGUUGACUUUUCGGCGUCGAGGGAUCAUCUAGCCAACGAGAGAACGUUUUUGGGUUAUCUUCGUACAUCAGUCGCAAUGUCAAUGGUUGGAACGUUGGUUGCGCAGCUGUUUUCACUGCAGCAUGAGGGUCAACAUCAGGCAUUUGGAUACUUCGUCACGGGGAAGCCUUUGGCGAUGACUUGUUAUUCUUUCUCGAUUGGGACGAUAAUUCUCGGUGCUGUUCGGACUUGGAGACAUCAGCGGACUAUGAUGAGAGGAAAGGCGUUGGUUGGAGGGUUUGAGCUUCACCUUUUGGGGUUAUGCAGCAUGUUGCUUCUUCUGGUCUUCUUUUCUUUUCUUCUUACAAUUGAUGUUGUCAAAGACAAGGAGCCUGAACCUACUGCAACUCCUUAGUCGACGACCUCAUGCCCAUGGACGGAGUGCGCAGGAGAAGCGGGGAAAACAAUGCAUACAUUCACAAACUGCUUCCAUUAAAGUCUAGGUACACACAAACAAGCCUACAGAUAAUACACACCUGGCUCGCCUAGGGGCAUUUUGGUACUGAAUGAUCGCUUCCUUAUGGCUGUCUGCGCUAUCGCUGGCUACAUGCGAAGCAUCGGAUAGAAGCAAAUCAGACACGUACUUUGAGUCGACGGACAUUCUGUCUACAUCUUCAAUGUCUGGAUCCGUCGUUGUUGGUUGAAGGUUUGUCGCCUUGGGGCACUGUGUAGGCUGGAGUACAGGAGUACUUGGUACCUUUCGAUCAAGAGUUUGUGGGGUGUUGACAACAUCCCAGCUUGAGGCUUCUGGUGACAGAGAUAUGUCCUCAGGCUCGGAUGUCUGUCUCCCUUGAGACAGGAUCGCACCGAGCCUUAUCAACCUAGCUUCGAGGCUCUCGCCGCACUGAAGAUAGACAUCUAUUGGUGCCACGACUGAGGGUGAAGAGGAGGGACUGGGUAUAGGAAGGGUACAUCCAUGUCCUGGGUUGGGAUCAUGGCAGUCUUCGAUCUUUUGACUCUCAAGAGGAGCGAGGGUGUUCCUUGAAGGAUCGAGAUUGUCCCUGCUCAUGGCCAUUAGUCUCAUCCAACAAACAAGGCUGGCGACAUACCGCUUAUAAGCACUCUCCUCAAGAGAAAUACUGCUAUCCCGUCUCGGCACAUUGUUGAGUCUCUCAGUAGACUCACAAGAGCCACCAACGCCAGACAAGAGAUGCAUGGUAACUGAUGCAACAGAGGCUUCCAAUAACAGCCAAGCACAAAGGCUCCUCCCGUUACCGACAGAGGGGAACCAGACCCGACCAUCUGGGACUCGAGUGAAGUCAUGGAUGGUCCCAACAGGAUGGGAUCCGUCCAUGCACCGGAAUCACAUCCGCCGACCGGGGGAGAUUAUGGCAGCCGGGCUAGAAGCGAACCCGCGAGGUUGGUUCACAGGAGGCCUGACGCUACUGUGGGUGAGGAGGAGGCUUGAAACCUCAAUUCUUGGCUGACGAUCUUACGGAUUCAUCUAAUCUUGGACAAUCUGGUAUUUAAUCCGAAGAGACUCAAAUAACGUGAAGCGGUGAGACGGAGGAAUUGACCUUGUUAAGCAGCUUCAAUAAGAAAACGGUCUGCAUCGUGAGAGUGAGAGAUAUUAUUUGGGGGCCAAGUUCAUGUAUCUGUCACCUUCCUCGUACAGCCUGUAGAACCGACCUGUCGGUAAAAGGGGUUCUCUACCGCCAGCCUGGUAGGGCGCAACCACACCAAUUGGAGGAUAUGUGACGUUAUUGGUUGUGCUGUGUGUUGGUUGGCAACACCGCUGUUUCAGCAUCACAUGUGGAGAGAGAGUCUGUGGGCAAAAGGACCUUGAAAUAACAAUUCAUGUUUGCUUUUUUGGCAGUUGGAGUCAGGUGUUGGUGUGAUAUAAGUUUGUAUGAUUCAUGUUGAGGGGAGUUUGUGUGAUUGACGUGCAGCAGUCUUGGUCUUGGCUUAUAUGGCCUGACGGGAUAUGAAGAUACAAUUCACAAUGAACAGACUCCCUAUGCUUAUUCUCUGACAGUAAACUCAUUCAAUUGAAC